UAAAGUGUGAUUAAUGCAAAGUGAAUCAAUAAAAAGUGAAGGAAUUGAUGAAAUAUACAACCACUGCUGCAUGUUUAAAUUCCAGUGAAUUUUAGGCGCGUCCCCAUGUGAUACUGAAGUCGCGUGCACGUGAAUCACGUCCAAACGUGUGAACUUCAGCAGUUUGUUCACAUCAUUAACAUUAAUGCAGCAGAAACGUUACAAAAACGAGCAUGUUAACACAAUAUAGACGUAAACGCUUUGCGUGGCUAUUAUUUUUCGAGCUGUCGUGUUUUUCGAGCCGUCAGAUUCGUGCGCUUGUCUUGUUUUGUCAACGUCUGACUGAAAAUACGGCUUUGUAAACAAUAACCAAAAGUGUUGUUAAACUAUAUACGACUGUCAUCAUUCGAUCUGAAAGUUAAACUAAAGCGCUUAUUUCUCUGAGUCACAGAGUGAGCGCGCGCGACGCGUCGUGUUUCUCCGUGAAAAGUGACGUUACGGCAGUGAGCGUUGGCACAGAAGUUAUCUGCCGUCAGUGGGAGUUACUUUCAGAGAACUGUUGGACUGCACGAGCUAACGCUCAAAACUCUCCUCGUGAGUUUGUGACACUUCGUGGACAUAACACAGGCGAUCGUGGCAGAUGUUGUUCUCGGUUUAACAAAUGAUUCUGUAAGAGCGGUGGACGAUUUCGUCGUCGGUGAAUCACAUUUUCCACGAAGAUGUACAGCGAAUAAUGGACUCUCGCGAGGCAGCGUCUCAAGUUUUCCUCUCGAAAAAGUCGCGAAUUGUCAACAAUAUUGAAAUAAAUAACGCUUAAGUGAUCUGACAACGUCGGGUCUUUAAAUCGACGCGUUUAGUGCACGCUGCGCUGUUUGAAUGUUUAUAAAACAAUUAAACUAAAUCGUGAAGUUGAUGCGCGACUUUCGCAAUGUAGUUUUUAUGAUCUAUGAUCUGUGAAUGGUGAGAGAUGGUCGUCGCGUGGAUUUGUCUCGUGAGAGGAAUGUGAGUGGACGAUGGAGCUUCAGGUGUUGUGCGCGCUGCUGUACUGCUGUCUGCUGCCUGUCUCUCUAUUGGCGGCCUGCAUCUUUCGUUACAACGCUCUCUCUUUAGUUUACCUUCUGUACCUGCUGCUAUUACCAUGGUUUCAUUGGCCCAACAAACAGACAUUACGAGGACACACUGGACGAUACAUCAAAGCUCUGUUUUGCACCAGUCUGGUGUAUGUCUUGGCACACGUCUGUCUUCAGAUCUGUCUCUUUACCGUCCCCGGCCUCGACGACGCGCUCGGACACAACUGCAGCACAUGGGAGACUCUAUCGAGACACAUCGGCGUGUCCAGAAUGCCCCUGGAAGACCCCUGGGGUGUGGUGUGGCUCCUGACCCCCGAUCUCGGCAUCUUUCUGGUCUCAUCGGUCACUUUGAUACUGUGCUGUCGUCUUCUGAAGAAGAGGGAUGAAGGGUCUGUACCUCAGAUGUCUGCUCUUCUACACGAGGAGGACGAAACUGAAGAUGAAAAUGAGGAUGAGCGAACGAUGUCCUGCAGUGAGCCGGAGGAUGAGGAGGGUCUUUUAUCCAGCAGUGGAGCUGCGCAGUUAGCCGCUCGGCUGCGUGCCACAGCUCAGAGAUUCUUCAGAAACAUGGGCCGCGUUGCAGCCGUCACGCUGCUGGCGCUCGCCGGUAUCACCUUGCCGUCCGCCUUCUCUGCCUUUUACUUCCUGCUCUUCAUCGGCGUGUGCACGUGGUGGGCCUGUCACUUUCCCAUCAGUCAUCUGGGCUUUAACACGCUGUGUGUGAUGGUGGCCUUCUUCACAGGUGGACACCUGGUGUGUCUUUACCUGUAUCAGAGCUCACCUGCACAGGACAUGUUCUCCCCGACGGGUCUGUGGGCCAGGUUGUUUGGUCUGAAGGACAUAGUCAGACCCGGAAACUGCUCAUCUUUUGGUGUCACGCUCAACGUGGAUCAUGACUGGCCGGUGUACGUCAAUCCAGGCAUUCUUCUACUUCUCUACAUCUCUGUGACCGUUGUGCUGAAAAUCAACAGUUACAGUCAAACCCACGAAAACAAGACCCGUGAGGGUGGAGCAGGAGUUAAAGGAGAUCAGGUUGAGGCGGGAGAGGAGGUGGAGCUCAAGCGCUGGGAUUUGAGAAGAGAAAGUUUUGAAGAUGACACACAGCAAAUUCUUCUGACCUCAGGAGAGUCUCCUCUGUCUGAAUCACUGGCAUGUAAAGAACCUGUGACCAAUGGAUCAAGCCAACAUGACAUUGCAGUCAAUGGAGAGGCCGAGGGUGAUAAUCCUCUUCGCAUGGUGGGCCGACUGAUUUUACAACAGAGUUACAUCUGUGCACUCAUCGCAAUGAUGGUGUGGAGUAUAACGUAUCACAGCUGGCUGACGUUUGUGUUGCUGCUGUGGUCAUGUGUGAUCUGGAUGCUGCGUGCCCGUCAGCGCUUCGCUGCUCUCUGCUCACCCUUCAUUCUUCUGUACGGACUCGUUCUUUGCUGCCUCCAGUACGUCUGGGCCAUGGACCUCGAGACGGAACUGCCCAAACACAUCGGCACCAUGAGCCUUCGACAGCUGGGUCUGGACCGGGCACAGUACCCCUGUCUGCGACUAGGAGCCAUGCUGCUGUUCACGUUGACAUUUUGGCUUCUUCUGAGACAGUCGGUGAAAGACACGUUCAGCAGGAGGAAGAGGUCGAACGUCCCGCUGCAGGAGGUCACCACUGGAGGAGGUUCCGGGCGUAACGAGUCCAUUCUGAAGGUGCUGGGUGGGCUGGUGAUGAGUCUCUAUGCCAAAUACUGGAUCUACGUGUGCGGAGGAAUGUUCAUCAUGGUCAGCUUCGCUGGAAAACUCGUGGCUUACAAGAUCGUCUAUAUGCUGCUGUUUCUGCUCUGCUUGUGUCUCUAUCAGGUGUAUUACUCUCUGUGGAGGAGGUUACUGAAGGCUUUCUGGUGGAUGGUGGUAGCCUACACUAUGGUGGUGCUCAUUGUUAUAUACACCUUCCAGUUUGAGGACUUUCCUGGCUAUUGGAGAAACUUCACUGGAUUCACGGAACUUCAGUUGUCUGAUAUUGGACUGGAGACGUUUAAACUCUCUGAGCUCUUCAGCAGAAUUUUGAUUCCAGGCUUCUUUCUGCUGGCCUGUAUUUUACAGCUGCAUUAUUUCCAUAAACCCUUCAUGAAGAUCACAGAUCUGGAGCACGUCAAACCUCUGCACAGGAAGAGAGGAAUAGACAAUCCGGAUUUGGUUCAGUCCACAGAGGAAGGGACUCUUGAGGAGGAAGAUCUCAACAAUGAACAGGAUGAUGAUCCAUCAGAGGCGGACGAAGUGAUACCCAGUAAGUGGGGUCUGGUGAUGGACAGACUUAUCGUGCUGUUUAGAAAGUUCUCCGACACGCUGACCCACAUUCAGAGUUUCAUUUGGAGAGUUCUGGAGUUUCACAUCGUGAAAAUCGUGGCUUUUUUCGUGGUGUGGGUGGCACUGCUGGAGCCGACUGCAAUGAAUCUGGUGCUGGUGGUUUUAUGGAGCUUCGCCAUGCCGUACGCCCGUUUCAGACCCAUGGCCUCGUGUCUCUCCACCGUCUGGGUUUGUGUCAUCAUCGUCUGCAAGAUGCUGUAUCAGCUCAGCGUGGUCAACACUGCAGAAUACUCCAACAACUGCACCAGGCCAUUCGUGAAUGAGACGAGUCUGGAGCCAGAAGAAAUGCUGAACUCCACACUGUACAAAGCACCCGUGGAUCCAGCCGAAUGGUUUGGCGUUAGAAAAGAUGCUACUGUUCUCGGUUACACUAAGGAUCAUCUGCUGGUCCUGAUGCUGCUGGUGUUCGAGGCAACGGUGUACAGGCAUCAGAUUCAUCACUAUAGACAGAAACAGCGCACACCUCCCAUCGUACCAGCCAUCCUUCCCCAGGCCACCCGAGACACGCUGGACCAGAGUCUCCUUCACUGCGUCAAAUACCUGCUCAACUACAGCUUCUACAAGUUUGGUCUGGAAAUUUGCUUCCUCAUGACAGUGAAUGUUAUCGGCCAGCGUAUGAACUUCCUGGUCAUUAUUCACGGAUGCUGGUUGGUGGUCAUCAUGGUGCGGCGGCGCAGAGAAGCUAUCGCCCAGAUCUGGUCCAAGUACUGUCUGUUUCUGGUUAUUUUCACGAUCUAUCAGUACGUCCUGUGUGUGGGCAUCCCUCCUGCGCUCUGUAUAGAUUAUCCCUGGAGAUGGAGGACCAGUGUAACCAUCCACUCGGCUCUUGUCAAAUGGAUUUACUUACCUGACUUCUACACCAUCCCCAAUUCUAAGAACCUCAUCUCGGAUUUUCUUCUGCUGAUGUGCGUGUCGCAGCAGUGGAUGGUGUUUGAACAUGAGAAGAAGGAGGAAUGGAUGGUCAUGGGAGGAGAGAACAAAGACAAUCCAGAUCCAAUGGAGGACAUGCCCUUUAACCCCGCCCCCAACUUCAUCAACUGCAGAUCCUAUCUGGACAUGGCUAAGAUCCUGGUUUUCCGCUACAUGUUCUGGUUUGUUCUGGCUGUGGUGUUCGUGACCGGGGCCACUCGGAUCAGCGUGUUCGGGUUGGGUUAUCUCCUGGCCUCUUUCUUCUUCCUGAUCUACGGUACGAAGCUCCUGGUCAAGCGGUCACGUACGCGUCUGCUCAUGUGGGACUGUCUGAUCAUCUAUAACGUGGCUGUGAUCGUCUCCAAGAACGUUCUGUCCAUCCUGGCCUGCGUGUUUGUGGUGGAGUUGCAGAAGAACUUCUGUUGGGUCAUACAGCUCUUCAGUCUGGUGUGUACCGUCAAAGGCUACUACGACCCUAACUCCGUGUGUAGCAAAGAGUGCUCUCUGCCCGUGGAGGAGGCGGGUAUUAUUUGGGACAGCAUCUGUUUCUUCUUCCUCCUCCUUCAGAGGAGAGUCUUCCUCAGUUUUUACUUUCUGCACGUGUCCGCUGACCUGCAGGCAUCAGCACGUCAAGCGUCACGGGGUUUCGAGUUGUUCCGCGCCAGCAUCAUAAAGAACAUGCAUUUCUAUCAGCAGGGCGAGAAGAAAUCCUUACAACAGCUGAAGGAAUCGAUGAAUCGCAUAAGUGACAAACAGCAGAAAUACAAACAAGGACGUAAAACGUCUGCCGUGGAUGAGCAGCCUUCAGACCCUACCAAAGAAUCCAAAGAGUGGCAGUACCCCUGGAAAAACCAUGCGACUGUGUUGCAUUCUGGGGAAUAUUACAUGUUUGAGUCUGACAGUGGCGAGGAAGACGAGACUCUUCAGGAAGAAAAGAAGCCUCAAAAAAUGACUGCGUUUCAGUUAGCGUAUCAGGCCUGGGUCACCAACGCAAAAGAAGCCCUGAAAGAUCGUCAACAGAGACAGAGAGCUGAGAGAAAGAUGAAACAGACACAGUCACAGACUUCAGCUGAUGAAGAUGAAGAUGGAGCUGUGCUUGAUGUUGAUGCAUCACAAGAAGAGGAGGAGAUGGCAGAAGAUACAGAAGGGUUAGCAGUUAAAGGGAGUGACAUAGUGCAAAGGAUUCUGGACAUCUUGAAAUUCCUCUGGGUGCUUUUUCUGGCCAUGGUGGACGGCUUUACCAUGUGGCUGAACAUGCUCACCAAGCAGUAUGUGGAGACCUCCAUGGUUCUCUGUGAGGAACGUUACCCCUUCAUCCAUAACAUCAGCCAGAGACCCUCCAGAGAGACGAUGGAGGACCUGCUGUCACAGGACAGCGAGAACCUGACAUUAGAAACAGGCCUCGAUGAAACCGACACGGACAAUGUGCGCUACAGCAGCGACGCCAAUGUGGUGGAGCUGGAGCCGUUGAGAGGUCUGCCGAAGGCUCGUGAGUUUAGCAGCACGACGCUGGACUCAGAACUCACGCUAGAGCUCGAUUCAGAACCGUUUUACAGUGAACCACCUCGACGAUCCAGAACCGCCAGUGAGCUUCUCGCAGAGAGGCCGCCGUGUGUUGAGGAGCUCAUUCAGAGUCGUGAGUUCUACUCGUCUCAGAAUCGUCUCCUCAAGCUGAUGUUUAGUCUCUACAACGUGCUGGCGGCUAAUUCUGAACUCGUCUGUUAUUUGAUCAUCGUACUGAACAACCUGGUCACAGCAUCCGUCAUCUCAUUGGUUCUUCCAAUACUGGUGUUUCUCUGGGCCAUGCUGUCCGUGCCACGACCCACCAAGCGGUUCUGGAUGACGGCCAUCAUCUACACGGAGGUCAUGGUGGUGGUGAAAUACCUGUUUCAGUUCGGUUUCUUCCCGUGGAACACCGAGUAUGAGCUGAAGUUAAAUGAAGACAAGGCCUUCUUCCCUCCUCGUAUCCUGGGACUGGAGAAAACCGAUAACUACAUCCGUUAUGAUCUGCUUCAGCUACUGGCGCUCUUCUUUCACCGAUCGCUGCUCCAGCGUUACGGUCUCUGGGAUCACGAGGGUCCACUGGAGGAGAAGAGCAAAAGCUCAUCUGAGGACAAGAGUCAGGAUAAAACAGAGGAGAGCAUCUUUCAACUCUCAGAAGAGGAAGACAGUCAAACGCAGGCGGAACCGCAGACUGAAGUGCUGUCAAUCACAGCAUCAGCGGAAACGCCCACCGAUGGAGAAAUUAAGAGCGACCCUGAGCCAAACUUCAGCCCGCCUGCCAUCACAGACACCCCGGAUACAGCCACAGAGGACGGACAGAAGAAACGAAGCUUCCUUCGCUUCCGCAAGACCAAACAAACAAAAAAAGACACUACAAAGAAAGAGUCCAAGAAGAAAAAGAAGUCCAAGAGCAAACUCAGACAAGAAAAGGGCAAACGACUUCUGAACGCUGUUCAAGGAAAACUCAAGGCUCUUUUCUUAUCCGUAGUGAAGAACGUGUACAGACCCACCUCUGGCUUCUUCAGAGACAUCUUACACGCAGAGUACCAAGCAGCUACUGAUGUCUACGCUCUCAUGUUCCUCACCGACGUGGUGGAUUUUAUCAUCAUCAUCUUCGGUUUCUGGGCUUUUGGAAAACACUCAGCCGCAACAGAUAUAGCUUCAUCUCUAUCUGAUGAUCAGGUCCCAGAAGCCUUUCUGGUGAUGCUUCUCAUUCAGUUCAGCACUAUGAUCAUCGACCGAGCGCUCUAUCUCAGGAAGAGCAUCUUGGGGAAACUCAUCUUCCAGGUUAUACUGGUGUUCGGGAUCCACCUGUGGAUGUUCUUCAUCCUCCCAGCUGUCACUGAGAGGAUGUUCAGUCACAAUUCGGUGGCACAGCUCUGGUAUUUCGUGAAGUGCAUCUACUUCACGCUGUCGGCGUACCAGAUCCGCUGUGGAUACCCGACACGGAUCCUUGGAAACUUUCUCACCAAGAAAUACAAUCACCUCAAUCUCUUCCUCUUCCAAGGUUUCCGGCUUGUUCCCUUUCUAGUGGAGCUGCGGGCGGUGAUGGACUGGGUUUGGACUGAUACCACACUGUCUCUCUCCAACUGGAUGUGUGUGGAGGACAUCUACGCCAAUAUCUUCAUCAUCAAGUGCAGCCGGGAGACCGAGAAGAAAUAUCCUCAACCGAAAGGGCAAAAGAAAAAGAAGAUCGUCAAAUAUGGGAUGGGCGGUUUAAUCAUUCUCUUCCUUAUUUGCAUCAUCUGGUUUCCGCUGCUCUUCAUCUCAUUGGUCAAAUCUGUAGUGGGCGUGGUUAACCAUCCGGUCGAUGUCACACUCACAGUGAGGCUUGGAGGCUACGAGCCAGUGUUCACGAUGAGCGUUCAGCAGCAGUCCAUUCAGCCCUUCACCGAGCGCGAAUACAAUAGUCUCACAAACCAGUUCAGAAAAAAUGCUGUGGCCAUGCAGUUUAUAACCAUGUACAGUUAUGAAGACAUUGUGACGGCUAACAUUGAGGGCAGCUCAGGGUCAGUGUGGAGAAUCAGUCCUCCCAGCAGACAGGAGCUGAUAAAAGAGCUGACCGGCAGCAACGGUGACAUGACGCUGAGAUUAGACUGGAAUUUCCAAAGGGAUCUUGGGAAGGGAGGAACGGUGGAAUACACUUUUGACAAGCACACUAUCAGUUUGGCACGAGGGAACCCGGUGAGAGCGGAGCUGGCUGACCUGCUGCUGGGUAACCGCACAGAGCCUGUGCUGAUACCUCACAUGUUUCCAAACUACAUACGAGCACCGACCGGUGCUGAAGCUAAAACAGUCACCCAACUGUACGAUGGUGGUGAGGACGGAUAUCAGGAUGUGACUUUGUCUCUGAUGAGAGACGCGUCUCUGAACGGAAGCGGCGCACCGGAGUGGUGGGACAUCAGUAUCGCCAACUGCCGAGAGUCAUGUGACGUCUUACCCAUGAUUAUCUUCAAUGACAAAGUGAGCCCGCCGAGUCUGGGCUUUCUUGCCGGAUACGGGAUUAUGGGGCUCUACGUGUCAGUGGUGUUGGUCAUCGGCAAGUUUGUCCGAGGUUUUUUCAGCGAGAUCUCUUACUCCAUCAUGUUCGAGGAACUGCCCUGCGUGAACCGCAUCCUCAAACUCUGCAUGGACAUUUUCCUGGUGAGGGAAACCGGAGAAUUGGAGCUGGAGGAGGAGCUGUACUCCAAACUCAUCUUCCUGUAUCGCUCUCCAGAGACCAUGAUCAAAUGGACGGCCGAGAAGACUCGAAACUGAAACAGUGUUUACAAAAUUCCCGACGUUCACUAGGCUUCAAGGCCGGAUGGAUGCUUGUGGCAUGAUGGAUCGUUCAACGUCUUAUGAACUUCAAGAGUCUAUAGUCAUUCGCCAACGCUGUGGAGCUUCCCUGACGGACAGUAAAGUCUGAGUUUGUCUCUUUGCACUCAGAGUUUCGAGACGUUGAUCAUUUUGAUUGAACUGAACUUUAAAAUCAGCGUUAACGUGACAGAGUCGAGCUGUAGGGACCUGAGGACACUACAUACAGACCGGUGCGCACACAUCAGACAUGUUCUGGUAGGACCUGGAAAAGCAAUUCAGGAUUCGUCACUGAAUCCAGGUCAUAUUUCAUCACCAAAAUCAAAAGAAAGAAAGGUUUUCAUCUCAUUUUUUUGUCAAUUCUAUCCAUAAUGCAGACUCAUGACACUACAACAAAUUCCAUAUGAUGUACAAACAGUUUACAAUCUAAAAACCCAAUGUCUUGUUACUAUUUUUGGAGGGGUGAAAUGUGACCCGGUGCAUGUACUUUUGUCUGUUUUCACUACUACUACCAAAUUGUUUACAAGCCAAAGAGAGCCAUUUAGUAUUCUUUCUGGUUUUAAAAUUGUGAUCAAGACAACACUUGAAGACAUUUCAUGUGGUUUCCUGAUAAUCAAGCUGGUCAGGUCACAGCUGUUUUACUCUAGGAAGAAAAUAAUCUCAUUCGCUGCCUGCUGGAAUGCUACGCUUAGCCAUCUUGGCCAUCGGGAUGACGUCUAGAUUUGAAACAUCUUGUCGUUGUAAAUGUCUUAAAGUGCACACGUCAUGUAAUUGUUGCGCCGACUUUGAUCUGUAAUGGCUGUAAUGAUUUUCAGUGUGUGGUUACACAAAGAGCAUGUCCUUCAGAAAUCAUGAAUGUUGCCUGUCUGCACAAAUAAAUGACUAUUAAUGA